CCGGGCAGCCAUUUUGAGUGUAUAUGAGGUGGCCGUCGAGAUCUAAUUCGGUUAUUGCGGCGCUACCUCUCUGUAUCAGUCGGUUUCCUUGUGUGCCAUGGAAGGAAUUGUCCAAGAUAUAACAGUUGGCUCAAAGCGGGGAUCUGACGAGCUUUUCUCUUGUGUUACUAACGGGCCCUUUAUCAUGAGCAACUCUGCUUCUGCAGCGAAUGGCAAUGACAGUAAGAAGUUCAAAGGUGACAGCAGAAGUGUAGCUGUUGGUUCCAGAGUUAUCCAUGUCCGUAAGCUACCAGGAGACGUUACAGAAGCUGAAGUCAUAUCAUUGGGACUUCCUUUUGGCAAAGUUACCAACUUGCUAAUGUUAAAAGGCAAAAAUCAGGCAUUUCUAGAAAUGAACACAGAGGAGGCUGCAAACACCAUGGUAAGUUAUUACACCACCGUCACACCGGUCCUUCGAAGUCAGCCCAUCUACAUCCAGUACUCCAACCACAAAGAGCUGAAGACUGACAACUCUCCCAACCAAGCACGGGCACAAGCCGCCCUACAGGCAGUAAAUUCUGUACAGUCUGGGAAUAUUGCACUUUCUGCGUCUGCUGCCGCAGUUGAUGCUGGUAUGACCAUGUCGGGACAGAGCCCAGUCUUGAGAGUAAUUGUUGAAAAUCUCUUCUAUCCGGUUACACUAGAUGUGCUACAUCAGAUUUUUUCCAAGUUUGGAACUGUGCUGAAAAUAAUCACUUUUACAAAAAAUAACCAGUUUCAAGCACUGUUGCAGUAUGGUGAUCCACUGAGUGCCCAACAUGCAAAACUGUCACUAGAUGGACAGAACAUUUACAACGCCUGUUGUACACUGCGUAUUGAUUUCUCUAAACUGACUAGUCUGAAUGUAAAGUAUAACAACGACAAGUCUCGAGACUAUACACGUCCUGACCUACCCUCUGGAGAUGGACAACCAUCUCUGGAUCAGGCAAUGACUGCUUUUGGUGCUCCAGGUCUGAUUUCCACCAAUCCUUAUGCUGGUGCUGGAUUUCCCCCAACUUUUGCUAUACAGCAAGGUGUCCAUGGAACACUCACACCUUUUGCACUGCAUACAGCAGCUGCCGCUGCUGCAGGUGCAGCAGGCAGACUUGGUAUUGGCUUGGGGAUACCCGGGAACUCUGUCCUGCUGGUUAGCAACCUUAACCCAGAGAGAGUUACACCCCAAUGCCUCUUUAUUCUUUUCGGGGUAUAUGGUGAUGUGCAUAGAGUGAAGAUACUCUUCAAUAAGAAGGAGAAUGCUCUUAUCCAGAUGGCUGAUGGAAAUCAAGCUCAGUUGGCAAUGAGCCAUUUAAAUGGGCAAAGACUCCAUGGAAAGCCACUACGCAUCACCGUAUCAAAGCACCAGACUGUCCAGCUGCCAAGAGAGGGUCAAGAGGACCAAGGCCUGACAAAGGAUUAUGGCAGCUCUCCUUUGCACCGCUUCAAGAAGCCAGGCUCCAAAAACUUUCAGAAUAUCUUCCCUCCUUCUGCCACCUUGCACCUCUCAAACAUCCCUCCAGCCAUUGGAGAGGAUGAUCUAAAAAUUCUUUUUUCAAAUGAUAGCUACUCUGUGAAAGGAUUUAAAUUUUUCCAGAAAGACCGCAAAAUGGCAUUGAUCCAAAUGGGAUCGGUGGAAGAAGCUAUAGAGGCGCUGAUUGAGCUUCAUAAUCAUGAUAUGGGGGAAAAUCACCACCUGCGGGUGUCCUUUUCCAAAUCCACUAUCUGAGGAGGUUGGAAACAUGGAGUAAAGACAUUUUAAAGCCUGUGGUGGGUGUCUUCUUCCAUUAGAAGCCAUUCCCAAAGGCCCACUUCCAUCAUUCCAGAUAAAAAGCCACUUUAUGGAAAAAGAACAUUGCAGCUCAAGUGUCCUUGCAUACUAUCCCCCCCCCCUCUCCAACAUAUAUAUAUAAUUUUUUUUUCUCCUAGAAAUCGGGUAGCAUUUUUUUUUUUUUUUUUUUUUUUUUUUUUUUUUUUGAGCAGUGGGAAUGAAAGUGUAGUAACAGAAUUUUGCUUAAUGAAAUUAUGGCAAUAUUCAUCCUUAAUGCUGGCACAUUCGACUAAUCCCCUGCCUAAGGACCAAAUUUAGGCAAUAACUAAACCCUGUAGUGCCUUAUUCACAGAAGGUAUUCAGGACUAAUGAAUGUCAGGGAUGCAGUAAGUCUGACAAAACACCUGGAAGAAUAAAAGUUGGUAUAUGCACAAUAAGUUUAAAAAAUUGCAACGCCUUCAAAUCCACCAUUAAAGGUGGCUGAAAUUUUGGACUUCAUGGGCUGCUCUACUUAUCCCUUUUUGUUUUCAACUCUUGGAAUUCCACUGAAUCAGCAAUUCUUGAUUGAGCUUUUGCAAGUCAGGAAGUAAGCAGUGUUCAACAUCUGGCUUUAAACUGCAUUUUUGUAUGUUACGUUGUAAAUGCAGCUUUUCUUUCCCUUAACUGAUAAUUGUUUAUAAUCAUUCCAUGUACAAUCUAUGACCAAAUAUCUUACAUAUAGUUUAUGUAAAACUUUCCUUCAGGUUUUGUUUAAUGAUGGUAUGUUUGCUGUGUUUCUUACGGUGUUUUGGUAUGAACCAACUUAAACUUGAUGGAAGGUUGAGUGUUGUGUAGUUAACAUACAUAGCAGGAAUUUAUAGACCAGAGGUUUCAAAAUUUAAGUGCUCUUACCUGACAGGUUUUCUCUGCAGGUUCAAAAUUGUGAACCCAUUUGAUUAACUCCUUUGCCAAAGAGUGUUGCAACAUUGCAGUGUAAUUGUUGAAGCCCUCUACAAAUCAAAGGGUAUAAAAGUGCAGUUGGAAACUCAAAUGCUUGUUAUGUUUUUUGCAAAGUUUUGGAGGAAGUUUUUUUUUAUUUUUUUUUAACACCACUUGCCUGUAUUAUACCUUCACUUGAUUGUAUAGCAUCAAGCAUUCACAUUAGACUGAAAAUGUGGACCAAAAUAGGACUGUAAUCUUACUACAGUUGUCACUUAUUUGUUCUGUUUAGUCCAACCCCAUUGCAUUUUUUUCCCCCUUAAGAAUGGGGUGUUUUUACCAUGUAAGCUUUUUAUUCCACAGACUUCUCUUUAUAGAGCCAUUUUCUGUGAAAAUAAAUUUCUAGUUGUACAUGCUGCUCUUGCAGUAUUAACACUCCACUCCUAAAAACAAAAGCAGCAUACUUUUAUCAUAUUAUGGUUGUUUUUAUUUAUAUAUUUGUUUUGUUCCCACAACGGUUUUUACAACCAACAACAUGAAAUAGAAGUAGGUGACGGUGGCUUACUUGCUUUCUACUAGUCAAAUUAAUUGCUACAUCUGCCUUAUGGUGCUGUCAAACUCAGUCUGUAUGAAACUUGAGUUAGCAACAUAGCUGUGCUACAGUGGAUUAAUUAAUGCAUUUUACUUUCUAAUCUUUAGUUUAUUUUUAGACCCAUUACAGGCAGUACUUUUGCUGCUGUAUUGUCAGUGACUUAAAGGGCUGCUUCUUAAACAGCUUUUGUCUUGCUGUUGCAGAGUUAUAUACGGGCAUUACUAAUGUAACAGGAUUUGUAAUGAGGAUAAUUGCAUAUGCAUUCAAUUAAAUUUAUUUUAAUUUAUUGCUGCAUUCCUGUUAGAUGUGUUCAGCCAACUGAGAACUUUAGCAUUCCCACUUUUUUUUUAACUUGAGGUUACUCAUAGUAGGGUAGUCACCGCAGCCAUGUUGUCCUUGACACUUGAGGUACACAUGCAGUAGGGUGUGCAGGGAGGAACAUGAAUUGUGCUGUUCAGCACUAUUCAUGUGAUGUCCAGAGUCACAAUACAUGUUCCCCCUGUUACCCUCCAGCAUGUGUAACUCAUAAGUGUCCAGGAAAACAUGGGUGAGGUGGCAACCCCACUCAUGGUAGAAAGCAAUAUACAGCACUUCCUCCUGUGUAAGAUGUUAAAGGGUUGUUACUGCCAAGCCCUUCUACAGAGCCCCACGUAUAGCACAGUCCAGCCAGUUGAAUGUUCUUCAAAUACCGUUAUUCUUUACAUUAGACUCAAACUUGCAUUCACCAGUCUGAGGAAUUUGCCAGUUAAGGCACAGAAGACUAAUGCUAGGCUCAUAAAAGCAGUCAGUCUUUAAGAAAUGGCUAUUCUAUUUGUUAUGUUUGUAUUGUUUUAACCAUUGAGUUAUCACCAUAUGUCAUAAAGGGCAACAAGUAAGCCUGGCUCUGCACAAAAUUAAGUAACUUACUAUUUGGUACAUAAAUUAGUUCUGCUAUAUGCUUUCUUUUUUGCCUCAUUUACUAGAUGUACAACUUGUGAUUGUCAGUGUUUCAUGAGACUAAUAUACUUUUUAAACAACGUAUUGAAGUCUUUAAUUACACAAUUUUUUAUUUUUUAAGUCCUCACCUUUUUGUCAUUACUUCAAUUUGUCUUAUAAAAAUUUUUACACACCAAAGCAUCCUGAUGUGUACAUGGCCUUACGUGACUGUACAGGAGAGGAUGAUUUUGCAAAAAGUGCCUUUAUGCUUUGUAACAAAAUAUUCACACAUCUAAAUUGUCUUCUUUAUGAAAGGUAAUUGUCACCUGUAAACAGUAUAUUGUGCAUCUUUAUCUGUAUACAAAACUGUAAAUAUCUAGCUUUUAAUAUAUAUACCUGUUCCACUGCAAGACAAAACGUAUAUAUAUAUUUUUUUUUUUAGUGGUAAAUAUUGUAUAUUUUGAUAACGUUCAGAAAGAUUCAGUAUUGUGGGUUGCAGAGUUGACCAACACCUAAACAGUAAAUCCAUUACCUCUAAAAGAAUGUUUGUAUGGAAAAGACAAAUUAAACUAUUUUAUAAGAAACAUUUGUACUUUUGUUAGAUGUUUGUUCAGUUGAACUUUAGAAAUCAGUUGUUGGCCAUUAUGUAUUUUGGCUCUCAAAUAAACUAUUCUUUUCUUUCUGUUA